AUGUCUGCCAAAAUAGCCAAAACCAUAGCGAGGCAGAAGGAAAAGAUUGCCGAGGGUAACUUCUACGAAGCCCACCAGCAACUUCGAGUGAUCACGUCGAGAUAUCUCAAAUCCUCGGACUACACAUCUGCCCGCGACGUUCUGUACAACGGUGCUCUCCUCUUGCUCCGCGCCGGCCAGGGUGGAUCGGGCGGCGACUUGGCCUUGAUGCUCUUGAACGAUGUCUACGUCAAGGGCGAGUUCGAUUGCACCGACGAGAACAAGAAGAAGCUGCUGGAGAUACUGCAUGCAUUCCCUCCCGAGGAGCCCACGAGGAAGAGAUUCAUUAACGAGAUGGUUGGUUGGUCAAGUAAGUUCGGGGACUUGGAUAGAGGGGACCCUGAGAUUCACGACCAGGUUGGACGAGUACUCGCCGACGGUAUGCCCUACUCGACCAUGUUCAUCCCCUGUACAGAACGGACACUAAAGACUCGAGCAGAAGGCGAAGUAUAUGAUGCAGAACGGCAUCUCGUUCUGGGAACCGCCUCGUCGGCUCCGAUCCUGGCGUCCUUACAUUACAACUGGUACAGUGUCGACCAACCGCACUUGGCGGGAAUCUACGCCUCGCGCUCUGUCCUGCCGUACUUGCUGGUUGGAAAUCUUGCUUCAGCCAACUCUGCACUCAGCACCUUCACCUCGCAUUUGACAACGUCCAACCCCCACCUGCUUGCCAUGUCGCAACCCAUAGAGUCGAGCAAAUCCGGGUUGAGUCUACGGAUCUUCCCUAGCAUCCCUCUGCUAAAUUUCUUGAGCUUACUGCUUCUGGCGGCACAGAAAGGCGACGCCAGCUUGUUCCGGCAACUGUCCAAGUACUACGCACCCCACCUGAAGGACGCCGAGGGCCUUUGGAGCGAUGCGCUAAGCAGUAUUGGCGAGGUGUGGUUUGGGAUCAAGAUUCCCCGGCAGGGUGGCAACCCGCUCUUUGACAUGAUGGGAAGCAUGCUCUUCGGUGGCGGCGAGGGUGGUCAAGGGAGGGGGAAUACGCCGAGAUCGAACACGCCGAAACCUCUGACAGGGCCCAAGAAGGAAAUCGAGAAGCCUCCCGCCAUGGAUCUGGACUGA